UCUCACCUGCUGAAACGCACUUCACCAUUCAACACAACAGAGCCGUCUUUCGCUCUCACCUCCAAUUAAUAUCCGCGCUUGCGAGGUCAACGCUUCCCUUUCGCCUCUUUUUGUGGCUUGUUUUUUGUUUUGCCAAUUGCUUUAUUUUGAUGCGACGAGAUUAGGCAUCCUGUCAUGCCCUCCGCGUAUGGAUCGUCUCUUCCAGAGUAGGCAAACAAAGCGCAUCCAGCCUCUCCAGAGAACUGUCUCCUCCACCAAAAAAAAAAAGAGAGACCCACGGAUUUUUGUCUGUAAGUACUCAGGAUAACCAUUUGGGCCAUUCGGUUAUUUUUCUUGUUGUUAGACUGUCUUUUGUUUAGUUCAAUGGGAAGGAAGGUUGUGUUAACGAUGGAUACGCUUUUCCCUAGCCCGACGGAUAGGCAUUUAAUUUAGGGAACACCCGAUCUCACUGUUGGACAAAAAUAAUGGCAAGAUUUUGGAUAGCACCGGACGCGUUAUUGGUUUCCAGGGAGUAGACCGGGCCUGUGUCGAUGCUUGUAAACGAAUCUCCAGUAGUGAAUCCUACAAACAUUUCAUUUCCCAAGUCGUCAUUUACUAUAUGACCAAAAUACAUCUGUGCACCGAUAAAAUAUACUGACAAACACACCCUCCAAAAACCCGCAAAACUAUGGAGCACACCGGGAUCGAGGAGGUGAACCAGACGCACCAGCAGCAGCAUGAACCCAUCAGCUUCGGGAUCGACCAGAUCCUGAACAGCUCGGAUCAAUCCAGCGGCUGCAUGCUGCCCAACCGGACCGGCGACCCGGAUUACGCGCUGGCCUCCAACGUGUACAGUAACGGGUACAACAGCGUCUACAACCCGGCCUGCUCCAUGGCGGCGGCGGCGGGUCUGGCCGGAUCCUACAACGUCAACAUGAAUAUGAACGUCAGUAUGAACAUGAACAUGAACGUUAAUGUGAACUCUGCGGGCGCCGGUGGAGUGAUCCGGGUGCCGGCGCACAGACCCAUGCCGCCUCCGCCGCCACCCGCCGCCGCGCCUCAUCCGCCCCCGUCGACGCAUCCGGCGGGCAUCGGUCCCGGUAUUCCGUCGGUGCCCGGGAUGGGAAUGGGGAAUGCGGCGAACUUCACCUUCCCGUGGAUGGAGAGCAGUAGGAGGUUUGCCAAGGACAGAUUAACAGGGGAGCAGGCAGAGGAGAGCCAAGCAGGAGAGGCCACUGGGGGGCCAGGGGCCACCGCCGGGUCCCUCUGUCCUCUCCCCAAGGGAGACAUCGGCAGGGUCCCAGUCUGGAGCACUGUGGAGACAUUAGCCAAAUGCUAUUACCCCGAGCUCGCUCACCUGCGAGACGGCAAUGGCCUUCUAGCAGACUAUCCUUUCCCAAAGGGGGCUUGCCCAGCCGCCCUCUCACCCUUCUCAGUGACCCGUCGCAUCGGCCACCCGUACCAGAAUCGGACGCCGCCCAAGAGGAAAAAGCCUCGUACCUCCUUCAGUCGGGUACAGAUCUGUGAGCUGGAGAAACGUUUUCACCGGCAAAAGUAUCUGGCGUCGGCAGAGCGCGCCACCUUGGCCAAGGCCUUGAAGAUGACAGAUGCACAAGUCAAGACCUGGUUUCAGAAUAGGCGAACAAAAUGGCGGAGACAGACGGCUGAGGAGAGAGAGGCCGAGAGGCAGCAGGCCAACCGGCUGAUGCUGCAGCUUCAGCAGGAAGCUUUCCAGAAGACGUUGAGCCAGCCUCUGCAGCCAGACCCACUCUGCCUGCACAACUCCUCCCUCUACGCUCUGCAGAACCUGCAGCCCUGGGCAGAAGACAAUAAGGUGACCUCCGUCACCUCUGUGGCAUCUGUAGUGUGAUUGUGUGUGUGAGUGAAAAAGAAAAGGGGGAGGGAGAGAGACAGAGGGAGGGACGGAGCUGGGAAUGAAAUGUGUUUAUCAAAGUGUCAUCAGUGUGUAUGGACAAAAGGGAGGAAUCUCUUCAGUCUAUUUCUGACGUGUCUGUUAAAAAACGCAGCACCAUUAUGGGAUUGUCAUAGACACAGGAAAAUGAUGCUAUCUUUGGAAUAAAAAAAAAAAUGAAUGGACAUUUUGCUUCCUCAUUGAUCGUUACCAGCAACAUGUUGGGGGAGCAUUUGUAGAGUGAGACAGCUAUCUGUUACUGCCAAGACCUACAGAGCACUGUAUGCCGACUUAACUGCACAGGAGCCGCACUGACAUUGACUUUGCAGAUUGUCAAAAUAUAAGCAAGCCUGUCACUGUUAUCUGAAAUAUCUAAACUAUGUUGAGUAAUUUUCCUGCCUUACACAAAGUUUCCGCUUUCCCUUCAGCUGUCGGUCUAAAAGAGAGGAGGGCACUUUAUCCCAAAGUGCCAGGAAACAAAUGGACACCUCUGUACAUGCCCAACUAUCAAGACUGUCCCCCUUUUGCCUCUGGAACCCUCAGGAGGCAAUAGAGACUUAAUGCCAGUAA